CUCUCUCUCCUUCGCCUCCGAGAUGGCCAGCUCCUAAUCCACACCACCACCACCACCACCGCCACCGCCAUUUCCACUUCGGCCUCUGCCCUUGCCUCUGCGGGUGUGGCGCGAUGGGGUACCUCCUCCUCUCGCCCUCGCCGUCGCCGCCGCUCGCGUCCCGGCACCGCUCCCCCGCCGCCGCCGCCGGCCGCCACCGCGCGCGGAGGGGCGGGGCCAUCGCCGCCUCGUCCGAUGGCGUGCCGUCCACGUCUCAGGCGGCCCGGUACGCGCUGGCGCGCCGGGCCGUGCUCCUCGGGGUCUCCGCGCUGCCGCUCCUCCGCGACACCGCCGCCAAGGCGGCCGCGCCAAGUAGCGCUGGUCUCGUGACUGAGACAAAGGAUGUCCCAAAGGUGGAUGAACCUCAGACUGGUGGGACUAUGGUUGAUGAACCUCAGACUGGUGGGACUAUGGUUGAUGAACCUCAGACUGGCGGGACUCAGUCAGAAACUCCUCUACUUGAAGCCCCUCAACCUGAAUCACCCUUACCACUGGUGCAAAAACAAUCUCCAGGGAAUCCACUUGCUGGCCUUCUGAAUGCAAUUGCAGUUAUUGCCUCAGGCGUUCUUGCUGGAUUGUAUGGUACAUCUCAACAGGAAAAGAAGGCCCUGCAAUCUGUCGUCUCAUCUUUGGAGGUCAAAUUGGCUGAAAAUGAGGCAGCAAUCUCAUCGAUGAGGGAGACAUAUGAAAAAAGGUUAUUAGAGCAGCAAGCGGCACAAAAGAAGCAAUCUAUGAAGUUCCAGGAGCAGGAAGCUUCAUUGCUAGAUCAAUUGUCUUCAACAAAAAAGACUGUAACAUCACUAAGUGAAGAUUUCAGAAGGGAGAAGGCACGGGCUGAGGAGCUCAAGGAUGAAAUACGGCGAUUAGAAAGUAGUAUUGAUAAAGCUGGGAAUGAUAAAGAAGUGCUUGAAGCCCAACUGACAGAAAAGUUUGGUGAAAUGAGUGAUUUGGAGGAAAAAUUAAGUCUUCUCAGCCAACAGAAUGAUAGUAAGGAGAAACGCAUCGAGGAACUCAACUCAUCACUUUCUUCAAAGGAAGCAGAGUACCAGAACCUGCGCCGUUUCUCUCAUCAAACUAAAGAGAGUCUUGAAUUUGCAAAUGCUAAAAUACAACAGCUGGAGGAAGAGAUUCAUACAACUAAAAAUGAUCUUGCUUCUAAGAUAUCUUCAAUUGACUCACUGAAUGAGAAACUUCAAGCAUUAAACUCUGCAAAGAAGGAAGCUGAUGAAAAAAUAAAUGAGCUAAUCAAAGAGUGUACAGACUUGAAGGCUUCUUCUGAGAUGAGAGCGAAUCAUGAUUCUGAAUUAUUGUCUGAGAAAGAUGAUCUGAUCAAACAACUGGAAGAAAAGCUCUCUGUUGCACUAAGUGCCUCUAGCAAAGACCAUGAAGUCAUUGCCGAGUUGAACAAGGAAUUGGAUUCCACCAAAGCAAUGUUAGACGAUGAAGUUGCGGCACUGAAAAGUCUUAGAGAUCUACUUAAAUCCACUGAAGAGACCCUAAGUGAUUCCCGAACUGAGGUUUCCAAACUUUCCGAGGACCUUGAUGAAGCAAAUAGAAUGAACAAGGACCUGUCAUUGCAGAUUUCAAAUCUCCAAAGCGAGUUCAAUGAAAUGCAAGAAGGUCUGACUUACAAGCUUGGAGAGGCUGAAUCAGUAUGUAAAGCUCUAUCAGAUGAAGUGGUGUCAGCUAAAGAGAUGGUUCAAAAGGGACAGGAAGAACUUGAAGCUACCUCUAAUGGGCUUGCUUCUGCUGUGGAAGCUCGUGAUAACCUGAAGAAAGAAUUGCUGGAUGUGUACAAGAAAUUUGAAUCCACCACACAGGAGCUUGUUGAUGAAAGGAGAGUUGUGACUACUUUGAAUAGGGAGCUUGAGGCUUUGGCCAAACAAUUGAAUGCAGAUUCUCAAGCACGAAAAGUACUCGAAGCAGACCUGGAUGAAGCAACCAGAUCACUGGACGAGAUGAACACGAGUGCACUGUCACUAUCUAAGGCGCUAGAGAGCACUCAUUCCAAGAAUGCCACUCUUGAGGCAGAGAAAGAAAUGCUAUCAAAAGCUCUCGAUGAACAAACAAAACUGACAACCGAGGCUCAAGAGAACUGCGAGGAUGCUCAGAAUCUUAUCACGAGGCUUCAGACAGAAAGGGAGACUUUUGAAAUGAGGUCUAGGCACCUCGAAGAGGAACUGGCGUUAGCGAAGGGUGAGAUGUUGCGUCUAAGAAGGCAGAUUAGUGCAAGCAAAUCCCAGAAAACAAGAUAUGUUCCCAGAACAAGUGCAUCCACAGAAACCAGCACUGCUCCCAGAGCAAGUUCGCCCACAGAGACGAGCAAUGUUCCCAGAACAAGUGUUGCCACAGAGACCAGUCAGACCCCGAACGAGCAGUCUGUGAAUGAUGGUACGCAGAAGGCUGGCGAAAUUGCUGCUGAGACUCCAUAUACUGUAAGAGUAAAGGCUAGGAGAGGAAAAGGCGGUGCAUCGCGAUGAAUCUGUCUGGUAGUCCCAUAGAGAAGAGCCAUCUUCCUUUCAUUUUGUUUAGUCAUCGGUUAUUUUUGAUACUACCAUCCUGUAGCGUCGGUAAUCAUUUCAGUGCUAUUUAGUUUACUUGUGACGUUUGAGAUAUCCAGUUCCUUUGCUGUAAUUCACGUACCACGAGUUUUGAGAAUUUGAGGGUUUACAUGUGUACAGGUUAAUUUUUGAAUGGUCGACAUGAUGGAGAAUUCUCCUAUCUGUAGUUACACUGAA